AAGUAUGAUGAGUUAGUAAUGCCAACAAAGUAUAAAUCCAAACUAAUUUUAUAUAUCCUGAAGAUAUGAAAUGUUCAACCUAUUAGGUGUCAGUAUAUGUAUUGCUUGCUUGUCAUAUUUAUGUUGCAUAUAUACAACAUUUGCGAUGCUGUCGGAUCCUUCAGAUUCUCAAGUCAAGCGGAAGUGUACGCGAUGUCCACCCUCUGUUACCCCGGAACGCUCGCCACAAGAAUCUGUGUCGACCAAGGGACGCUGUCCUUGUUUUACGGCCCGCUACACUCAGCGACAGCAGCUCUCCGAUAGCGCAAUUCCCAAUAGAAAGAAAGUUUGCCUCGUGGCGAGCUCCUUUUUCAACUUUGACGAUACCGAGCCGGACAGCGCGCGAAUAAACAAAUGGCAGUGA